AUGCAUCAGCAAUAUCCACAAUCAUUUUUAACACGAGAUCAACAAUUUAAUGCAUUAUUUCCUUUAUCAGUCGUAGCUAUUCUAGCUAUUAUUCAAAUGUUAACUACAUUUAGUAUCAUUGGUUUAGAAAUUGGACAUAUUAUACUUAGUGUUAAACUGACAAACUUAUUUGCUGGAUUCUGGUUAUCACUAUCAUUUACUAUUCUAUGGAUUUCAAUGUUUGCAGCAGUAUGUUGUUGUCGUCGACGAAGUUGUGCAACACAUGCUGUUGUACAAAAUAUUAUAGCAUUCAUGUGUGCAUGUGCUUUAAUUGGUAUUAAUAUUGCAUUUAUUCAGCAACCCGAUAAAUGUUUUUUACCAGGUGGAAUAUGUGAUAAUGUAUCAUGGUAUCAUAAUCUAUGGGAUUCUAAUGCAUGUGAUUCUAAUAACAUUUCAAGUUAUGAUUGUAGAAAUACUCGUAUAGCAUUGAUUAAAGGUCAAUUAGCUGCUGGUGCUGUUAUGGCAGCAACAUGUCUUAUAUAUUUAGUAUUAUAUUUUUAUGUCAGUUCAAAAGCUAAACGUCAUGGAGCACCAACAGCUGCUGAUUCUGUUAUGGCACCAGUUUAUCAACAACAAUCUUAUAUGAUCGCUCAACCAUUUCAACCAUCAGCACCCGUUAUGCCGUCUGCUUUUCAUCAACCAUUACCUCAAUAUAACAAUAUGAAUUAUAUACAACCAAAUCAACAUCCAGCAAUAUAUCCACAAAUUCCCAAUGAUCGAUUUUAA